CACAAGGGAUGUUGUUUGAGACUUCCGGCGCAGAAUGACAGUGAAUUAAGUUGUGUGUAUGCGGUUCGUAUUAAAUGUGGAAAGUUUUGUAAUCACUGUGAUUAUUUUGCAAAAACAGAGAAAAUGGCAGAUCACGAUGAAUUAAUCUCACAGUUUUCCGAUGUAACCGGAGUAGAUUCGGAGAGAGCAAGAUUUUACCUGGAAUCGUCGGCGUGGAAACUGGAGGUUGCAUUAGCAAGUUUUUAUGAAAAUGAUGCAGAUGAUAAUCCUAUUGAUGAUGACCCUGUAGAAGUGGCUCCACCACCACCCCCUUUGGCAGCCUCUGCACCAUCUGAAAGCAAAUCAGCAUCUCGUGUCAAAACAAAUUCUCGGUUUGCAACAGUGGCAAGUUUGCAUAAGAAUGACACCAGUUCUGAUGAGGAAGAAGGGCAGGCAUUCUAUGCAGGUGGAUCUGAACAUAGUGGGCAACAAAUUGUUGGUCCUGGAAAGAAGAAAAAAGAUAUUGUGGCAGAAAUGUUUAAAUCGGUUCAAGAGCAUGGAGCAGAAGUUGUGGACCCAAGACAUCCUACACCUGGGCAGAAACAAAAGUUUUCAGGAACUGGAUAUAGAUUAGGACAGACCAGCAGUGACACUCAAGUUGUUGGUGGAGCAUCCCGUUCAUCUCAGAAUCGUCAUACUGAAAUCACAUUAAAGCUCUGGCGUGAAGGCUUCAGCAUUGAUGAUGGCCCAUUGAGAGAAUAUACAAAUCCUGAAAAUCGUGAGUUCUUGGAAUCUGUGCGCAGAGGAGAGAUUCCUCAAGAGUUGCUACGUGAAGCUAAUGGCUCUGAAGUCCACUUAAACAUGGAGGACCAUCACCAUGAAGAUUUUGUUACUUCAAAGCCAAAAGUCCGGGCUUUCUCAGGAAAGGGCCAUUUGUUAGGCAGCAAUACUGCCGGUGAUUGCAGUCCAUCUCCUGCAACUAUCGGAAUAACAAAACCAAUGGAUGAGAAGGACCGGGAAGCAAAUGAAGAACAGGCAAAAGCAGUUAUUGCUGUAGAUCAGUCUCUGCCGACUACUACAGUUCAGAUAAGGCUGGCAGAUGGAUCACGACUUGUUGGGCAGUUCAACCACUCUCACACAAUUGGUGAUGUGCGGAGAUAUAUCAUCACAGCUCGUCCUCAGUAUGAGCAUCAAGUUUUUUCUCUCCUGACAACGUUUCCUAGUAAGCAGUUGGAUGACAAUGCAGUCACACUCAAGCAAGCAGGAAUACUGAAUGCAGCCAUACUCCAAAGGUUAACAUAAGCUGAUGACAAGAAAGCAACUGUUUCAAAUGUGAUAGCAGAGAAAAGUGACUCUUGUAUGAUUGCAGUGUGUUCUGUUUCUGCUAUUUUUGUGUUACAAAACUGAUGUAACAUAAUUUUGUGUGAAGCUGCCUGUGAUUCAUUUUAUGUCACAAAAGUAUAUAAAAAUUAAUAAAAUGUUAUGACAAUACUCAUAAAAUAAGGAAAUUAACUGGAGAAUCCUCAGCCCAACAUUUGAAAACUCAGUUGAAAAAAGAUAAAUACAAAUUUCUUAAAAAACUAGUUGAAUCAGAUUACAGAACAAUUAACUGGUGUGAAAAAUGUCUUACCACAUUACUUAGAAUAUGCAAUUCUACAUAGUUCAUAGUUGUUGUUCUUGUUCUUUUACAUUACUCACUGGAGUGAUUUGUCUGAUGUGAAAAGUAAUUUUGGUGGAUGAUGCUCUUCAGUUUCAUUGAUGAAGCAGCACGUCCCAUUAAACUGUUGACUGCUGGAAACUGGAAUGCAGUGAUAAACUUACACCAAACUUAUGUUAAGUAAGUUGGGUUAUUACAUUGCUUCAGACCUGUCUAUAAGACAAUCAUACAAAAAAAAAAAAAAACUUCAAGGCAAUUUAUCUGCUUCCGUAUGAUAUAGUAAAAGAAUGUUAUAUCAAAUAUGCUGAAUUACAAUUACAGUCAGCUCAUCAAAAAAUAUUUGUAUGUUUAUUAAUAAACUUCUGUGACCUUUUCGUUUAUCUGUGCUGUAAGCAAGAGAGAAGGUAAUGUGUCUUCUUAUUGCUUAUAAAUAAACUGCUUUUAUGUCACAGUAAUUUGUUCUAUACAGGUGCAAAUAUUCAUGACAUCUUGGAUCAAAUCACUUUUGAGUAAAGUUUUGUAGUUUGGUUUCUUUGUGCCCCAUAGAUUAGUAAUAUCCUUACAUUUACUCAUAACUGUUGUAGUGCUCAUACCCUGGUUUUAACAACUUACUUCUACACAUUUUGUUAUUUUCUGUGUAAACUGAAAGUAUCAAAAAUUUCACUGGGUACAAGAUGAAAAUCCACAAAAGCAAAACAAGGAUAAUGGAAUGUAUUCAAAUUAAUAAGGUGAUGUUGGGGGAACUACUCUAUGGAGUGAGACACUGAAGGUACCUGAGUUUUUCUGUUUGGACAGCAAAAUAACUGACAAUGACAGAAGUAAUGAGAAUAAAUAGUAAGAAAAGAAUUACUGAAAGAGAGAAAAUUGUUAGCAGAAUGCAAAUGGAACUCUCUUCGAAAGGUAUUUGGAGUAUAGCCUUAUAUGAAAGUGAAACAUCAAUGUCAAUGGGCAGAUUGAAUAGCUAAUGAGAUGGUAGAAAAUCCAAUUGGAAAAAGAAAUUUCUGGCCAAAUUGACUAAAAGGAGGACUGUCGAUAGGAUGCACUGCGAGGCAAUGUCAGUUUGGUAACGAAAAGAACUGGAUGGACUAAGGGGGAAGGGGUUGAGAUUGCAGAGGGAGAUCUUGACUACAGUAAGGAUGUAGGUUGCAGUAGCUGUGCAGAGAUGAAGAGGCUUGCACAGAAUGGGCUAGCUUGUGGAACUGUGUCAAAUGAGUCUUUGGACUAAAGACAGCAAUAACACUCGUGUACUGUUUGUGCAAUGUUACAACAUUUAGUAAUAGAUUUGGUCAUGACAUGGUGCAGUAUCAUACAUCAAGCAUUGCACAGUGUGACAUUCAGUAUAAGUUCUACAUACUCAUCCUGAAAAUUUAGUAGUGAAAAACACCCACAUCCCUGGUGCCAGUGCUGGUUAGCAGUGUAUUCGCCCCUUUUAUUCCCUAAAUGAUUCUUGUGGAACUGGCAGAUUGAAAUUACCACAGAAAUUCUGAAUCUCAUUUUAGUUUCUGCAAUAGUUCACUGUUGUUUUCUCUCCCACAACAACUAUCCCUGGAUUUACGUUAGGACUGAAGAAUAGAUACUGCAUGCGUGUGUUGAAUUGUGGUAUGGUUGCAUCUUUUUGGACACUGCCAUCUCACCACAGGAACUGGAAGCAUGUAAGUCUGAACAUGUUCAGUGGUUUCCAGGUGAACAAAGAUGGCAAGGAAGAGCCAACACCACUGCUGAAGUGUGGUUCUUGCCCUCUUAACAUGAUAAAAUCUCUAGCACAAAAUGGAAUGGUGACGUUUGAUGAAACAAUUAUUGAGAAUGCUCCUCUACUGAGGAACACACAGUUGCUUGUGUUGAAUAAAUAACUUACCAGUGUGUUAACUGAUAGCAGAUUAAGAUGCAUGUAAAUUUAAGGUGGGCUGUAAGGAUGAGGGCACAGUGCUGGUGACUACACACACUCCACCACUAUAAGCCUAUCACUGGUUUCUACUUACUUUUAAGAAACUGCAGCACAGUGCACAUAGGUGUUCCAAAAAUGAAUUCAUUUGAGUUCCGCAUAAUUGUAGGAAAUAAAUAUCAAGAUCGA